GCCGCCCGCAGGAUCCCCGCGCACGGCCCGGCCAGAGCCCGCCCGGCCCCGGCCCCGGCCCCGGCCCGGAGAGGCCCCGGCCCUGGCGUGGCCCGAGCCGCGAACCCGGGGUCCAUUGUCCGGCGGUCCGUCUGUCUGGCCGGCCGGAGGCGGGGCCCAACGUGGGGGUCUGGAGCCUCCGGUACCGGAAUCACCGGAUCCAGGCGAGGUGACGGGCUCCAUGGGAACAGCCUGAGAACUGGAGGUGAGCAGAGUGCGGUCCUGAAGCGCUUCCAUUUCACCCGCUUUUGCUCGUUGAGACUUUGCUGCAACCCAACGCCUGUAGGGCAGCCAGCGGGGAGACUUUGGGCCUUUUGUAAGGAGGACGCCAACCCAGCUGCCAGCCACAGUUAGAUGGGGACCGAACUUUUUGGAGGCUGCCUCUGACGCCUGAAUCUCUCCGAGGCCUCUUUCUCUUCAUCUAACCUUUGUUCAAGAGUCAGCGAGUCACAGAAUUUACUUCUUUUUAGUUUGGUUUCAGAUCUAGGUGGCGGAACUGAGGCCAAGUUGAAAGCAAUGAUCCUUGAAUUCCUUUCUGAUCUUAUUAGGUCUUUGCCCGUGUAGGUUACUUUGGACUUUAUUAUUAUUAUGUGGACUUUAGGGAUCUGUGUGUAGUUAAUUUCUUUUGAGGGAUGGGGGGAGAAGAGGGUGCUAAUCACCCUUCCUGGAACCCCACAGGUUGUUGUGCCCGAGUGAUUUGGCCACCAGGGGGAAUUAGGAGAUGCUAGGGACAUGGCAGCAUAAAAUACGCAGGGGGUGCGCAUCUCUCCCUCCUGUUUAUCUAGCCCACAAUCUGCAGCCUUAUCAUUAGAUCCUUGCCUGACAAAGAUGAGCUACAGAGAGGCCCUUCAACCAGAACAGGCCUUUCCUCAAAGAAAAUGCUGUGAAAAUAAUAUAAUUAAUGUUUUUGAUGGAUUAAAAAACUUGAGAUAUGAUCAAAUUCAAAGUUUUCGUUCAUUUUACAUUUCAGUUUAUUAAAACCCUGAGGUCUGAAUAAAAGUGAGGAAUGUUUUAAAUGCCUGUGUUGGGAAACUCCAGGUAGAAGUCACAUCGUAUAAUGAUAUGGAGCAGCUAACUUACUGGACUUGAGGAAUAGGAAGAAAAAAAUAAAAUUAGUGCUACGGAAAACCUCUCCUUGUGGUAGUAGCACUUUAUAAUUUUUAUUAUUGGAGGGAUGGGUUUUAUUUUUUAACUGAUGCUUUAAAAAGAUUCUCUUUGCUUAAGGAUGAUGGAAAAGCUGGUAAAAGCUCUUCCCCAUGUCGCUUCUCAUGGAGGCCUGUCUUAGCUCUUUGGGGAGGCCUCAAGAUCUGCUUUUGGGUCUGGUAUAACAAAUGGUAAAUGCUUCACUGUUUGGAAAUAUAAUUAAACCACUACUGGCUACAUAUUUAACUUAGAGUAAGCUAUAUUUGUAUAUCAAAGGGAUAGCUUUGUCGGGGGAGAAGACUAAAAGCCUUAGAAAGGAAUCCAAUACAUGCUUCCCCGCCUUAGGUAGGGUUGAGGCCUGUCCUGGCUCUUUCUUCCAGAGUAAAAGAUUCUGAAGAGCCUUCAUGCUUUGACUUCUUUUUCCUCCUAUAGCAGAAAAGGGGAUGAGGGAAAAGGAGUUUCUACAGCCUUUCCUGGAUAGGGAACAUUUCUCUUCUUUUUAAACUUCCUUCUCUGCCAAAUGAAUCUUCCAAGUCAUGGAGGGUGGAUUGAGUCUCGCUGCUGAAGUCAUUAGCUUUGGCUCCGCCAGUGGCUCUGCGGGCACAGGGCCAUGUGGUGCUCCUUACACUGAGGGCCUUUCUUCCCUUUGGGGAAUUAGCACCGUUCGCGUCCGUCCAUCCAUCCAUCGUUACACAUGGAUCCCUAGACAGAAGUGGUGUUUUCCCAUACCAUUUUCAUUUACAGAUGUCCAGGAUUUGGGGACCUUUCCUAUCCCACAGGGACUGAUGCCUUUGUCACCUCUGGGUGAGAUAACUACAAUGUGAGCUUGACAGCUGCCGGGAAGCUCCAGUUUGUUGCAGUAUGCAGUGUUUGACUUCCUGUGGGCGUGUGAAAUGUCUGCACCUUACAAGGAGGCAGGAACGUUUCCAGUGGUGAAGCUGGACAAGGCCAGAACUACGGGGCCAGGGAAACAUGUCCCGUCGGAAACAGACCAAUCCAAAUAAAGUUCACUGGGAACAGGUAUUCGCUGGGCUGGAGGAGCAAGCCCGACAGGCGAUGAUGAAAACUGAUUUUCCUGGAGAUCUUGGCAAUCAGCAUCCAGCUAUCCAACAACUGAGAGAUCAGGCCUCCAGUAGCAGCGACAGUGAGGGGGACGAAGAGGAGACCACCCAAGAUGAAGUCUCUUCCCACACAUCCGAGGAGGAUGGCGGGAUGGUGAAAGUGAAAAAGGAGUUAGAGAACGCAGAGCAGAGUGUUGGAGGGAAUGAGGUGAUAGGGGAGCAUGAGGUCACUGAACAUUUGAAUUCUGACCCCAUGCUUGGCCUCUGUCAGUGUCCCCUUUGCCAGUUGGACUGUGGUAGCCGAGAACAACUCAUUGCUCACGUAUACCAGCACACUGCAGCAGUGGUGAGUGCCAAGAGUUAUGUGUGCCCCGUGUGUGGCCGAGCCCUCAGCUCCCCAGGGUCCCUAGGCCGCCACCUCCUCAUCCACUCUGAGGACCAGAGGUCCAACUGUGCAGUAUGUGGAGCCCGUUUCACCAGCCAUGCCACCUUCAACAGUGAAAAGCUUCCAGAAGUACUGAAUAUGGAAUCUGUACCCCCCAACCACAGUGAAGGCCCCUCCAAUGCAGAGGGGAAAGACAUUGCCUUCAGUCCCCCUGUGUACCCUGCUGGAAUCCUGCUGGUGUGCAACAACUGUGCUGCCUACCGCAAGCUGCUAGAAGCUCAGGCGCCUGGGGUCCGCAAGUGGGCUCUGCGGCGUCAGAACGAGCCUCUAGAGGUUCGGCUGCAGAGGCUGGAACGUGAGCGCACGGCCAAGAAGAGCAGGAGGGACAACGAGACCCCUGAAGAACGGGAAGUGAGGCGCAUGCGGGACCGGGAGGCCAAGCGCCUGCAGCGCCUACAGGAGACUGAUGAGCAGCGGGCACGCCGCCUGCAGCGGGACCGAGAAGCCAUGAGACUUAAACGCGCCAACGAAACUCCGGAGAAGCGGCAGGCCCGGCUUAUCCGGGAGCGCGAAGCCAAGCGGCUAAAGCGGCGGCUGGAAAAAAUGGACAUGAUGUUGCGAGCUCAGUUUGGUCAGGACCCCUCUGCCGUGGCAGCCUUGGCAGCCGAGAUGAGCUUCUUUCAGCUGCCGGUGGGCAGCGUAGAGCUGGAGAGUCAGCUUCUGGGCAAGGUGGCCUUUGAGGAGCAGAACAGUAGCUCCCUGCACUGACCAAACCAGAUCGCACUGGCCAACAUGGACCAGUCCUCUGCCUGCCUACAAGCCUUCAUCCCCACUGCUGGGGAGGCUCCUGGCUUUGGACCCGGCUUUGCUCAUGCCGUGACAUGUGCACCGAAGCUUCCCUUGCAUGCUGGAGGAGAAUGGGGACAAAGAGGUGGCUGGCGUAGGUGGCCCCGGAGGGAGCAGGCACUCCAACUAGAUUCCCAAGCCAUGGUUGCAGGACAUGAUUAGUGCUCUGCAAGCUAGGUAAAGCCCCACUUCAUGAGGGCAAAUAAAUUAAUUUUAUCUUUACUAA